UUCUUCACAUACAAAACGAACCAUUCUCUCUGGUUCUAUAGAGAGAGAAAGAUACCUACAAGAAGCUGUCACGGCAAGUCGACAACUCAUAUCUUACAGCGAGAUAGAAGCCUAAACACCUUCUUUCGCCGCCAUGGAUUCGCAUAUCUGCAUCGUAUUCCUCAUACUGUUAUUCGGAAUUUCAUCCGCAUUACCAGGAGAAUCGGCUCAAACGACGGGAAAACGAUCAUCAUCAUCAUCGAAGCCGUUGACGGCAGGACAGAUCAACUCUAAUUCCGUCCUCGUUGCUCUCCUCGAUUCGCAUUACACCGAACUCGCAGAACUGGUGGAGAAGGCUCUCCUUCUUCAAAGACUCGAAGCCGCUGUCAGCCGUCACAAUCUAACUAUUUUCGCGCCGAGAAAUGAGGCGUUAGAGCGAGAAUUAGAUCCUGAGUUCAAGCAAUUUCUACUCGAGCCAGGGAAUUUGAAGUCUCUUCAAACGCUUCUUCUGUUUCAUAUUAUACCUACACGGAUUAGGUCCGGCGAAUUGUCACUUUCUCCAUCGGAAUCGACUCGUCACAAGACGCUCUCCACUCACCACGUUAACUUGGCUGCCGAUGCAGGUCAGAUGACGGUGGAUUUAGCUAAAGUAAUUCGUCCAGACGAUAUCGUCCGUCCCGACGGUGUGAUACAUGGAAUCGAACGAUUACUAGUUCCUCGAUCUGUUGAAGAGGAAUUCAACCGACGGCGUAGUCUCCGAUCAAUUUCUGCUAUUCUGCCGGAGGCAGCCCCUGUGAUUGACCCUAGGACUAACAAAUUGAAGAAAUCUCCUCCUCCGGCUAUCGGAUCACCUCCUCUGCUUUCAGUAUACGACGCGAUGGCUCCCGGACCAUCACUAGCACCGGCGCCAGCUCCGGGACCUGGAGGACCUCAGCAUCACUUCGACGGCGAGAGCCAAGUGAAAGAUUUCAUUCACACGCUAUUACAUUACGGCGGUUACAACGAAUUAGCAGAUAUUCUGGUAAAUUUAACAUCAUUGGCAGUUGAAAUGGGGAAAUUAGUUUCGGAAGGUUACGUUCUAACUGUUUUGGCGCCAAAUGAUGAGGCGAUGGCGAAACUGACAUCCGAUCAAUUGAGCGAACCAGGCGCGCCGGAGCAGAUUGUUUACUAUCAUAUAAUCCCUGAAUAUCAAACUGAAGAAAGUAUGUAUAAUUCUGUACGGCGAUUUGGAAAAAUUCGAUAUGAUACGCUUAGAUUGCCGCAUAAGGUUGUGGCAGAAGAAGCUGAUGGAUCUGUGAAAUUUGGACAAGGCGAUGGAUCUGCAUACUUGUUUGAUCCAGAUAUUUAUAUCGAUGGGAGGAUUUCAGUUCAAGGAAUUGAUGGUGUUUUGUUUCCACCGGAGGAAUCCAAACCUUCAACAACAAAAGUUGCACCAAAUAAUGCAGCAGCCAAAGUUGUCACCAAACAAAGACGAGGGAAAUUGCUGGAAAUGACGUGUAGAAUGCUUGAAGCAAUUGGGCAGGAUUCUCGAUUAUCAAAUUGUGGUUAAAAAAACAUUCAGAAAUUCCAAUACAAAAAGAUUUAUGCCAUUUGGUAGAUAAAGAGAGAGAGAGGCUCUAUUUUUCCAGGUUUUAUAAUAAUAAUAAUAUUACCAUGUAAUUAAAUUCUCAUUUGUUUUGUUGAGUUCAACCAACUUUAAAAAAUAAAAUAAAAAAUGAUUGUUAUUGAAUGCAAUUUUAUGUAAUAUUUUUUGCCAUGUUA